GUGUGGGCGAGUCACAGUGUAUAAAUACGCCGGGUUGUCAAACAGUAAAGUUUCCCUGGACCCUCUACGCAAAGUGUGAGCGGAGCACAAACUGGGCAACAUUUCGACCAUCUGAGAGAUAUGUCAACAGCUGAAAAACCCUCUAAAUCAAUUUUGUAGUAUUUGAAGGUCAUUUAAGUACCAACGUGUCGGUAAAUCGGCGUCAAAACGAGCCUGAAAGGGAAUCUAAACAGGGACGCAGAGUCCGAGUGAAGCUCGUGCAUCAAUCCUGAAAGGUGAGUAAUUAAAUGUAACGCGGUUCAUUAACGGCUCUUUAAACUCAGAUAUGUGUAGGCGGGUUCAAUGACAGCAGCAUGUUGCUGUGUGUGUUGGUGUUUGUCUUUCCAGAAGCUUUGGCAUUAAAAUGCGCUGACUAUGAUGUACGACCUCACCGAAUCAGCCAUUAAAUGAAAAUUCGUCUUAAUUUUAUAUUUCGUGUGUUAGAUAAAUUUACCCUCUCUAAACCUUAUCGGUUGUCAUCUAUUUUUUUCUCUGUGUUUAACGUGUCGUGGUUGUUUAUGACGAGGAGGGGCUCUCCUCUUCCUCACACUGUACACUCGGUCGAUAGGCUUUUCACCACCUUUAUGUUUUAAUUUAUAUGGAGGUUGCAUUCACGUGUAUGUCAACUAAACCUUUCUGCUCAGGUGCAUUUUGGCUAAAACAUUGCAGAAAAAACGCUGGUACAUCCUGCUGACUUAUCUUCCGUGCAAACCUGGAUGAUGUUGCUCUUGUUCAUCAUAUUUUUGCAUGUUUACCUCUAUUUGGUACAUGUUUCAAGCAUUUCUCAAUUCAAUGAAAGCUUCUCUCCUUUAACUGAGGUUUAAAAACUCAACUAAGACACAAAAAGGACAUUUAAUGUGGUUUAAUGUGUGUGCUAAUCUCUUAGUACAGACUGAUCUCUAUAUGAUGCUGCCAACCAUAAAUCAUCAUAUUUCUAUAUAGGCUUUGGUUUUCAUCAAUCCAUUGUAUAUCGUGCUUUUGUAGCAUCACUGUACAUCUGCUGAUUAGUACACAGACCCUGGCAUGUAGAGGAGACUUUGCAGCACACAGUGCCUCGCUUUGCAGCCCUGAUAAUGAGUCGAUGUAAACAAAAAUAGCACAAUAGGUGCUGCUCAGACCUGCAACAACAGGCCUGUGAAACGAGUACCCCCAGCUGCAUUGGAAAUCUGUAAAUGGAGGAUAUAAUUUCAAAGAUGACAAAGAUCUCCGUUCUUGUUCAGAUUUUGGUGAUUUGAUAGAAAUUGCCAGCUUUAGUGAGGGUCUUAGACCACUGAUUUCUCUCCUGAAACUUCAAAUCUGCUCUCAUUACAAGCCGACCUGUUCCUCUUGAUGUCAUUGGAUGACAUUGGAUGUUGUGUAUCUCACUUUUGUUUAUAAUAAAAGCCCUGUAAUGCAGCAGAAGCUGUGGGCAGUUUAUCCAUGCGUUCACACAGAAGUGAUGAUGAUGAUGAUGUGCAAGUGAUGGGCUGCUGGAUCCUCGUGAGCUCAAACAUCUUUUUCUACAGUUUAUGAACUGCUGGCAAAGAAUUUGCAGCAUAGAAGAUGCAAAAGGGAACCUAUUUAUAGCCCAUUCGAACCAACCCCCACCUUAUUCUUCAAUGUCACCUUUUUCAUGUGAUGGGGGACAUGUAAAUCUUGUAUGGAGCUGUCACUCUGGCGGGCCUGCAUCCAGCCUGGGCAGCUUUAUCUGUAAUAACAUUAGAAUUGUCUUUAAUCGGAGGCGUCUUUCUAAUCUUAGCUGCCGAAUCCCCAUCUGGCAGGAAAGUGAAUGUGAGUGAAUUGUUUGUGUGUGCCUGCGUAUAAGGGGGAGGGGAGGGGAGGUGGCGAUCACGUGCACUGCAUGGUGGGAAAUGAUGUUCUGUGAAGUCACGGUCCUGCCAUUUUACACUUGUUUCUUUGUGAUUGUUGCUUUUUAUUUUCUUCUCUUUUUUUUUGCACAUAAUCUUUGAAUUAGUGAGACUCUGCAUGCUCAGCAGGGACUCUUUGGGACCGUGUGAGAGCUUAAAGCAGAAGGCUCUCCAUGGGAUCGGAUUCAGAUUAUAAAGGAUUUAUGAAGGCCACAACACAGCAUCUGUUACAUCCAUCAGUGCAUCCUGCAGAUGAGAAACCAAAAUAUAAAACACGCAGCUGAAGAAGAACAAUGCUGAAUUUAAUACAUUUGCUCACAGAUUUAUUGGCCAUGCACAAUGUGACGUUUUUCCCUUAUCCGUCUUGAGUGCUCCUACCUCAAGUAUGUGGUGUAUACUGUCACUAGUUAUAUUUACAGAGACUGUACAGUUGGAUUUUCAUGUUGCCACCCUAAACUCUUGGCCAACAUUUACUUAAAGGCUGUUUAGUAUAACCAAAUAAUAAAAGAGUCCAGUCCUGACCCAUGUGGACACACAGAGGGGGAUAUAUCACUUAAAGGAGUAGCCUCUCAAAGCUUCAGAUUUAACUUCCUUUCAAUGACCAGGUGAAAAAUAUACAACCCCUAUUCCUUAAGAGUUGGGGUGCUGUGUAAAAUGUUGAUUAUAAGCGGAAUUUGAUGGUGCAAAACAUUAAAAAUUGUGUUAGGCUACAAAAAAUAAAAAUAAAAAAAAUAGAAAAAUCUCCCAUUUAUUUACUGAACCCCUCUGUUGCAGGCUGGGUGAUGAUCUAUCUAGUCCAGCAAUCCCAGAAGAAUGUUUCUUAGUAUAAAACUGCAAAGAAUUGGACAGUUUUCAUAACCUAAAGUAAAUAAUAUAUUACAAGAUUUAGAGAAUCUGGACUAAUCUGUUUGAAAGAGACGAAGCCUGAUGAUAACUAGCCAAGCCUCAAGCAGCACUGCAUUAAAAAUAGGUAUGACUCUGUAGUGGAAGUCACUGCAUGGGUUCAAUUUUACAUCCAAAAAUAAUUGCCUGUGCAUCCACAGUUUGUUGCUGCAUCCACAAAUGCAGCUGUCAGGUGCCAACUUAUCACCUACAAGAAACAUUUAAUGCAUCCUAACAUAAAACAAAUAUGACAAAUAAGACCAUAAACUGUUUUCUAUCUGUCAAGAAUAGGACAACAUUUCUCUCUCAAACCUGUAUAAACUGGUCUGCUCGGUUCCCUUAUGCUCACACAGUGAUGUUGAAAGAGGAGGUAAAGCAGCACAAUGGUAAACAUGCCUAUGUCCUGACCUUUUCAAACAUGAUGUCGCUGACAGCAAAUUUAAAAGAAGCAUUUAUUUUUUUCAUAAAACAAUCAAAUCUCUCGUUUUUAUAUUCAAAAUGUUAUCUUAAACCAACCAUGAGGCUGAAACGAUUUCCAAAUCAUCAAAAUCUGUUCUUAAUCCACUUUUGACACAGCAUCCCAGCUCUUGUGGAAUUGGGGUUGUAUAAAAAAAUGUUACAGAUCUAAGGGAACAGUGUAACCAGGAUAUGAUGAUGCAGUCUGAAUGUUUAUGUCAUGUUUUUACGUUUUCAAAACCAACAGUCAGAAAUUAGCAUGUUUGGAGUGCUGUUUUAUUUAAUUGAAAUAGUGAUUGUGGAAAUUAUACUUGCUUAAAUGUAUGGAAAAAAGUCCCUGAAAAUGUCCCUGUUAUUUCCACUGGUACCCCUGACCCCCCAUCUAAACUGUCCAUGUCCAUAAAUAAUAACACACUGGGGUGAUUUACCUUCUUUGCUUAAAGCUAAAACUCAUGAUCACCCCUCUAAUCUUCAUUUACCUUGUUUUUCUUUUCUUCGCAGGUUGGACCAAAAAACAUAAGAACAUACUUGGUGACAUACACACACGACCCGCAGCCUGCUGACUCUGCCUUCAAGGUGCCUUUAACAUGAUGACACUAAAGGAAACACACACUUUCAAAUAGAGAAUACGAGGACAGAUUUCCUGUAACAGCAUCACUCUCAGCAUCAUCUCCGGUCACUUUGCUCCCACCACGGCGCUCACCCGGUGCAGCCAUGCAUCUAGAAGUGAAGGUUGCCCUCAACUUCAUUGUCUCCUACCUGUACAACAAGCUGCCUCGCCGCCGAGCCGACCUGUUCGGCGAGGAGCUGGAGAGGAUACUGAUGUCACGUUUUGAGGGUCACUGGUACCCUGAAGCCCCUCUAAGGGGUUCUGCCUUCCGCUGCAUCCACCUGGGAGCACCAAGGGACCCGGUGGUGGAGCUGGCUGCCAAGAGGAGCGGGCUGGAUACGGAGGAAGUGCGUGCUAAUGUUCCUGCAGAGCUCAGCGUGUGGAUCGACCCCUAUGAGGUGUCCUACCAGAUUGGAGAGAAGGGGGCGGUGAAAGUUCUGUACCUGGAGGAUCCUCCGGGCCUCGGCUGUGACACUGAGCGGGUGGAGGGGGAGGGGAAAGGAGAUGCAGAGGCAGAAGAAGCCAAAAGUCUGGGCUUCAACCCUGACGCUCAGGUGUUUGUGCCAGUUGGAAGCCAGGCCUCUCCCUCACUCAUGCCGUCACUUUCAAGCUCUCCCACCCCGCUGUCGGCCCCACCCUGCCCCGGCCUUUUCAGCUACCCCAGCUCCAGCACACCCACCGAUCCUGCCAUUCACUCCUCCAACACCUCCACCCCUUCUCCACCCAGUGGCGGUCUGCCCUACCUCUCCACUCAGCAGCCGCCUACCGCUCUCCCUGCUUCCCGCCCUCAGCCCAUCACUUUCACCACCGCCAGCUUUGCCGCCACUAAAUUCGGCUCAACCAAGAUGAAGAAGUGCAGCGGCGCCGGAUCAUCAACCAGCUCUGCCGUCGUCAUCCCUCCCGCCCAGAGGAUGCUCUCCCGCUCUCCCACCACCAUCUCGGCCCCGGAGCUGCUCAAGCACAAGCCCUUGUCUCUCUCCCUGCACUCCCUUGGAGGUCCCAUCGCCAGCCAGCUCUCCCCCAACGCCAAAGAGUUCGUCUACCCAGGUUCCCCCGGCCCCCUUUACUACGACGCCGACACCCAGCCCAUGCAGCCCCACGCCAGCCCAUUCCAGCCCCCUCACACCGUCGCCACCCAUCCAUCCUUCGACCCCUUCUCCAGUCCUCCUCCCACCCAGAGUGUGGGCAUCAUCGGCAGCAGCGGAGGGAUCCCGUACAUGGAGAAGCCGCCGUUCGUGGAGGGUCUAGGAAGCUACAACCUGCAAUACCCCAGCCAGUCCUUCCAGCCAGUGGUGCUGGCUAACUAAGCCUUCAUUUGUAACCAUGACAAGUGUAGGAAGGUGGGUGUAGGACAGUGAUCUUCAAAGUGUUUUCAGUUUUCUAACAAAUUGUUCUAAUACUAAUACGAGUUAAGGAUUAGUUUUACUACAGAGAUUUAAAAUACCACUAAAUAGUCCAUGUGAUUUGUUUUGUCCCUCCAAAAACCUGAGUCCCGGCCUUCUGUUGGUGUUAUUCAUCACUUUCUGUGUUGGCGUUGAUGACAGGGGUGGGUGGGGUGAAAUUUUCUCUACCUUGAGUUGUUGCCAAUCUCUUUGUGUUCCUUAUUUUGCAUCAAAUGUUGUUGUUUUUUUUCUGGGUUUGUAGUUUAAUGGACCCAGCUCUAGGAUAGCUCCGUUUUGCACUGCUUUGUCAUGCUGUGAAGAAGGACUUCGCCAAGUCCUGCAGGGAACGACGGCUGUGGAAAGCUCAGCACUUUGCUCUGCAAUCUGCUCUGCCCUAGUUGCCACAAACAGAGGAAGAGAGAGAGAGAGAGAGAGGGGCUGUGCUGUCUCUGCGUGUGUAGUCCUGCUCUGUUUUGUUUUGGCUCAGUGUGAUCCACAGACUCGGGGAAGCGCACUCAUGCACGGGCACAAUUUGUCGGUUGUUGUUGUCAGCGGGUUUAUAUUGGAAGCAGUUUAUUGUGGGCUUGAGUGUGUACAUGACAUGAGUUUAGAUGCAAUGAGAGGAGAGGAGGGAGUGGAAAAAAGGAGUGUGGGGGUGUAAAGGGAGUGAUGUAGUGGAAUGUAUCGCACCUGUCAGGGAAAAACUGCAGCUGAGAAGGUCGGGGGAACCUUGAUAAAGAGAAAAAAAACUGCUCAUUUUCAGACAAUAAACAUGCUGAUACCUCAUUUAUACACACAGGGAUGUACAUUACGGCUUCACACAUGUGCAGAGAUGUACACACACACUUCCAGGCAGCGCUGUGUGAAGGUGAAUGGGCGUAGAAGAAGGUGAGGGGGAGGGGUUGCAGCAGUUAAGCAGCAGUGAUUGUGAUAAAUGGCUUAGCAUGACUUUGACUAUGAAGGAGAGGUUUUCCUCUGCAUGGACAGAGAUGGGGAGGACAUGAGGGUGGGAGAGAAGCAGCUCGAUGGUGGCUUAAAGAACCACACUUUGAAACCCAGAGCACGUUUGUGGUGAGCUUAAAUGGUAUUGAAGCCAAAGGCGCACGCUAUUCUCUCCCUCCUUCUUGAAAUUCCUGAGCGAUCGCCGCUCCUCUGGCUGUUAACAAAGGAAAAACUGAACAUACACACAAACAUCCACGUCAGGUUUCUGCUACCCCGCUGCAGUUAGGGAGCCGAAGCUGAAUGUUGUUUUUAUUAGCGUGAAGCUUUAGCUUGUCAGAUCUAAGCCAGCCGUCUCUAUCCGUGGUUUGUUUACCAGCUGGGUCCAUGUUACUGCUUGCUUUAGUCACUGCAGGGAAGAGUAACCCCCAGAUGUCCAUUUCGAGCUGUCCUGCACUUUAUUACUGAGCUCCUGAUGCCGCGUGUCGCCCACAGACAGACAGACAGACAUGAGCUGUUCCUUUGCCCUCUGUUUGAUCACGGCACGUUUUAUUCUGCAGUCAUGAGACGCUCUAGAGAUUCAAAAAGGAGUUUAAUUUGUGUCCUGGGAUGCUGUACGACACGUCCAUUUAUCUGAAUGUUUUUGUAUUAGAUGCUCCAAGGACCCUCGACUUGUGCUCAGCUUGUCAUUGCAUGCAAAUGUCAUUUCUUUUCUUUGUUUUUGAUUCGGGGUAAUGGGUGGGGAGGUUUCAUCCGUAAUUGUGAGGGAAAAGAUGCAUUUAUAAUUUUUUUUUUUUUGUAAUUUAUUUCCGAUAUCUCUAUAUUUUUGUUUUUGCAAAUUCUCACAUUUGUAUGAGUAAGACAUGAAAAGUCCAGGAAUAUGUAUAUAAAGAGUUCUUAUGUUCAGAUUCUUUGUUUAGUUUCUUACAUGCUGAGGUUAUUUUUUCAGAAAAAUAACAUGAAUAUAUGCAAACUGAGACAAAAAUAAAGAUGUACAGAAAAAAGUAUUGAAUGUGUAUCGUACCUUGUACAGCAUUUUGUCUAAUAAGACGGGUAAAUGUAUCAUUCUUGGAGGGGGAUAUGGAGUUUAAGACGUGAAUGUUUACAGAGGGUUUGUGUAGAAGAAGAUGGCUGAUUUCACUUUCUCUAAGCUACCGGGGCAGGCUGACAAAAUUCACGCACAGGCUGAACAUUUAAACCAAAAAUCGCCUCAUCUCACUUUAUUUUGAGCAAAUUGGACAGCAUUUUGUGUGGUUUGCCUGCCUCAGUUAUUCCCCCUCUUUCUUUGCACAUUAAUCAGACUAACACUCAGUUUCUGUUUAUGAACAACAACGGUAAAUAUUGAGAUUCAUACAAACAGAGCAUCACAUAACCCUCCUGCUCCUUCAGUCCUAAUACUAAAGCCAUAACCCAGACUGUCUUUACUUACACAGAUGCUUACCCUUCUACAGUGCAAUGUAACGCCAUAAGUUAAAUUACCCUGAAAGAGUUAAGGGGUUACUACCUCUCCGCACCCUGAAAAUAUAUAUAUGAAUAUAUCUCCUCUGUGGGAAUACAGUGUUAAUGCAGGUUUGAAACAAUGAAGGAAAUGAAUGUGCAGUGAAUGUGAUUCUGAUCUAGUGUUAGUCAACCCUGUUUGAGAGCGCCUGUGGGAGAUAAACGCUCUUUUGAGCUUGUGUUGAAGAGGCCUGGAAAUAUUUGACUUGUCCAAAAAAAAAAAAAGUCAAAGUUGCUCAUUUCAGAACAAGUUUCUGCAUUUGUCAAAUUUUUCAACUGGAUGUGAGUGUUUAAGCUCUCGUGUCUUUAGAAAAUAUGCUGGUAAAAAUAUCAGAUUAUGAAGCUCUCUGAACUGCACCAUAAUUCAUCUCUUACUGCAGGCUGUUCUUCAAUCAGGGUUGAACAUUGUCGAAGAGGAAAAAACAAGAAUUUUGUAUUCUGAUGUCCUUUGCUUAUAUCGAUGUGUUUUAUUUUGCACUUUGGGAUAUUUCAUUGUCAUAAAAAGAAGUUUAUUUUCUAUGUAAGAUUUCACAUUUAAGAGUAAAAUAGAUAUAAUUCAAAGUUCAGAUGAUGUAUAAAUAUAGUGCUUUCUUUCCUGCCUGUAUUUUAUUAUAAUUUUUCCUAUUUUGUAUCGGAUCUGUACACCCUGUAGAUGUGUAAUGAAUCUUUCACUACUGAAAAUGCAAUGACCUGUUUUCUGUGCUGCCCCUCGAGAUGGGGAGUUACUACUGCAGUUUCUUAUUGUAUCAGAUUCUUUUUUAAGUUUGUAAUAAAAAGAAACAGAUUGGCAAAAAGAAGCAUGGAAAAUAAGCUGAUUGUGUCCUCC